GCUGCGCGGCGCCGCUUGUGACGCAGGCGCCCUCGGGUUUUUGGGCGGGAAAAAGCGAGCGCCCGGGUGGAGCGGCGGCCGCUGUAGCUCCCUGUUGGCCGAGGUCGCCCAGUCCGCCCACCGCGCCCUGCUAUGGCACUCCUGGAGCUGUGCGAGCAAGUGUUCGGGACCGCUGACCUGUACCGGGUGCUGGGCGUGCGGCGCGAGGCCUCGGACGGCGAGAUCCGGCGCGGUUACCACAAGGUGUCCCUGCAAGUGCACCCCGACCGGGUGGGCGAGGGUGAUAAGGAGGACGCCACCCGCCGCUUCCAGAUCCUGGGGAGAGUUUACUCCGUGCUGAGCGACAAAGAGCAGAGAGCGGUGUACGAUGAACAGGGGACCGUGGACGAAGACUCGACCGUGCUCAGCCAGGACCGGGACUGGGAGUCGUACUGGAGGUUGCUCUUUAAAAAGAUAUCCUUAGAGGACAUCCAGGCUUUCGAAAAGACGUACAAAGGCUCGGAGGAAGAGCUGGCAGACAUCAAGCAGGCCUACCUGGACUUCCAGGGUGACAUGGACCGGAUCCUGGAGUCGGUUCUCUGCGUGCAGUACUCAGAGGAGCCCAGGAUACGGGACGUCAUUCAGCAGGCCAUCGAUGCUGGAGAGGUCCCAGCCUACAAGGCCUUUGUCAAGGAAUCGAAGCAAAAGAUGAAUGCCAGGAAAAGAAGGGCUCAGGAAGAAGCUAAAGAAGCCGAGAAGAGCAGGAAGGAGCUGGGGCUGGAAGAAGGCGUGUGUAACCUGAAAGCACUCAUUCAGAGCAGACAAAAGGAUCGGCAAAAGGAAAUGGACAACUUUCUGGCUCAGAUGGAGGCAAAGUACUGCAAACCUAAAGGAGGGAAAAAAACAGCUCUCAAGAAAGACAAGAAAUAGGGGCUUGUUUCUCUUUAGAUCUGCUUCUGGCAUUACCUACCUGGGUGUCCCCGCAGGCACGGUAGUCAAAGUUUGAAGGCAAAAGUGAAACCCUUGAGAGAAAUUUUCUUGCGAGCCUCAAUUAUUCUUACUAACAAGAACAGGACAGUGUUUCCUAGAAGGCACUGGAUGUUGCGGGAGGAGCUUACGUGCAGGACUUUGGUGAUGGUUGGGAGGGAGGCUGGUUCCUAACAGCACUGCUUCAAGGGCUUCUGUGCUGCCGGGCCUUCUGGCUAGAGCAUGCAUCUGUGCGCACUGCUCAGUGAUGUCACCUGUCAGCUGGCACUGUACCUGAGUAGAACCAAGUCAGGCCACUGCUGAACAACACAUUUCCAAAUAGCUGCUGCUUUGCUUCUGUGUGUAGUGAUUUUGAACUCGCCUUCUCUCCUACUUGUUUUACUUAGUCUGGGUUAUUCCUUGGACGUCUGUGAGAAAGGUGUUAAAAUUACUGUGUGUGUGUUUUUAAAAAUUGUAUGUGAUUAAAUAAACACAUGAAAAAUGA